UGAGUUGUGGAAAAAUCCACGUCCACAAAAGUUCUGAAGAUUUGGUGAAAUAAGUCAACUAAGAGCAAAAUGUGGUCUUUCUUUUCUCGUGACCCUGCGAAAGACUUUAAUUACGAUAUUGGGGAUAAAGUUUUGGGUCUCGAUGACAAGUCUAUUUGGAGUUUACAUGAAGGAAAACGAAAGACAACUGGUGAACCAGUCUCAGUGUUUGUAUUUGACAACAAAAACGGAAGUGAAUCACAGAUUCAACUUGCUAAAGCCUCAUUUAAGAGAAUUAAGACUCUGCGUCACCCAAAUAUCCUCACUUUUUUGGAUGGUUUAGAGAGUGAAAAGUGUACCUACUGUGUGACAGAACCAGUCACUCCUUUGGAGACAUACAUCAAUAACAACAAGAAUAGUGCACAGAAUGAAGUCGCUAUAUCCUGGGGCCUACAUCAAGUGGCAAAAGGAUUAAGUUUUCUUGUCAAUGACUGCAAUCUCAUCCACAACAAUAUCUGCAUAUCGUCCAUCUUUGUGGACAAGGCUGGAGAAUGGAAGCUAGGGGGCGUCGACUACAUGUACCCAGCCCAGGGGAACGAUAUGCCUCCCGUCAAAAUACUUCCCCUCUUGGAAAAAUACGAUCCUCCUGAAAAGGCGGGUAGCAAGUUGGGUCGGAAAGCUGGCGAGAAGUGGUCUGCUGAUAUGUGGGGCCUCGGCUGCCUUAUAUGGGAGGUGUUUAAUGGGAGUCUACCAAAGGUUUCCUCUUUGAAACAACUUGGAAGGAUACCAAAAUCAUUGGUGCCAAAUUACUGUGAGUUAGUCGGAGCUAAUCCUAAAUCUCGACCAAAUCCAUCCAAAUUUCUUGAGAAUUGCAUGCAGUCUGGUGGCUUCAUGAAAAAUGACUUUGUCAACACGAUGUUGUUCCUUGAGGAAAUACAGAUCAAGGAUCAGAAUGAAAAAGCUGCAUUCUUCUCUAGUCUUAACAAAUCUCUGGAUACAUUCCCGCCAGAGUUCUGUAAAUACAAAAUACUUCCACAGUUGCUGAAUGCACUUGAGUAUGGUAAUGCUGGUUCAACUGUCUUGACGCCCCUACUGAAGCUUGGCAAACACCUCGAGACAGAAGAAUUCCAGCAGAAGAUCACCCCAUGUGUUGUCAAAUUGUUCUCAUCACCUGACAGAGCUACGAGAGUCCGACUCUUACAGCAGCUUGAUAAUUUUGUGGACCACUUGCCAGCAAAGACUGUAAAUGAUCAGAUCUUUCCACAUGUUGUUCAAGGUUUCAUGGACACAAAUCCUGUAGUCAGAGAGCAGACGAUUAAGGCCAUGUUACAACUGGCGAGCAAGUUAAACUACAAGAAUCUGAACGAAGAGCUGAUGAAGCACUUUGCUCGUCUGCAGACCAAAGACCCAGAAGGUGGUGUCAGAACAAACACCACAAUAUGCCUCGGCAAGAUUGGAUGCUAUUUGAAUCCACAGAUGCGGCAGAAGAUCCUGGCGUCUGCCUACCUGCGUGCCCUUAAAGAUCCAUACCCGCCCUCUCGACAGGCUGGAAUCCUCGCCAUGGCUGCAACAAAUAAUUUCUUUACUCUCAAAGAUGGUGCUACACGAUUGUUGCCUUCAUUAACUGCGAUGACAGUUGAUCCAGAUAAGGGAGUUCGAGAUCAGGCAUUUAAAGCUGUCCGUUGUUUCCUGGCCAAGUUGGAAAAGGCAUCAGAGAAUCCCGACUGUAUUCAAGAUUUAGAAAAAGAUGUCAUGAUUGGUGGUACAGGGACUGAUCAGUCAAGCUGGGCAGGAUGGGCCAUGUCUGGCAUGACCAAUAUCACAUCCAAGAUAAUCAAGGCCAAGAAAGCCAUUCCUACCACAUCCUCAACUGCUAAUGGAGCUGCUGGCAAGUCUAGUCCUAAACCAGCGGCGCCUCCAAACCCAUCCUCGAGUUCUCCAGAUGGUAAAGUGGAGCCUGUGCCGGUGGCCCGGCUGCAGGAAGAGCCAGCUCUUGUCGAUGAUGAAGAUGGAGGUGGAUGGGAGGAGGAUGACUGGGGUGAUAUGGAUGAAAUUGGUCAACCAGAGGCAGAAGCUGCUAAUGCUCCCUCUGGUGGUGGUGGCUGGGAUGACGAUGAAGACUGGGGGAGUCUCGAUGAUGCAACGCCAUCUGCUGGGGGUGGGAAAGCCAGUGGUGCUAUGAGUUUAGGUGGCGGAGUUGGAGGGACACAAGCAAAGAUGGCCGACAACUUUGGUGGAGGAUGGGAUGACGAGUUUGCAGAGGACACAAAUACAACCACUUCCAGUGCUUACAACUGGGGACAAAGGACCAACACAAAUGAAGACACGUUCUUCAAUCAGUUAAUAGCAGAGCCGCCAAAACCUAAGAAGCCCCCUUCAAAACCAUUGGCACAUUCCAAGCCAGCAACAUCACAACGUACCAAACAAGCAGCAAGCAGUAGUGUCAGAGCUGCACCAGCGAGUAGCGCAUCUUCCACAAAGGUUAAAGGUGAUUGGGGCGAUGAUAGUGGCUGGGGAGAGAGCUCUGGUUGGAAGGACGAUGGCUGGGGAGAUAUGGAAUCACAAGAAGUUGAAAGCAAAGCAGAGCAGAAGAGAAAACGUGAUGAGAGGAAACUGCAGCGGCAGAAGGAACUUGAGGCGAAACGUGCAGCCAAGCAGGGCGGCGGUGCUUUGAAAUUAGGAGCAAAGAAACUAGCGGCAGAUUAAAUGAUAAAGGAUAUGGACUGAGACUUUUAAUGAACUCUUUGACGUCUGGUGGCAACCUUUCAAGGGCUUGAGUGCAUUUUCCAUACCCAUCAGGAAACAUACUAUUGGGCACAAAUUUGCUUCACUGCCCACAAGGUGUUAUAUUCCUGUCUGUUGGGUAUUUUUCUAUCGUUAGGCAAUGACUGUGAUUCUUUUAAAACUGGUUUUGAUUAGCUGGGAUUCUCUGGAGAGGGGGGGUUUGUUUGAAACCUUUACGAUCACGCUUGUAUCACCCACUAAUAAUCUGCAGGAAAAAUUGUCAUAGUGACCUCCUAUCCUACAAAAAUCAUGUGCUAUUGCGAGAGUUAGAUGUUCAGUGUGUUUGAAAGAUACAAUAUGGUCCAAAUUGUCGAAAACUAGCCUUUGGUGACCUUGUUGCUUCGCUGAAAAUCUCUGACAAAACAAAUUCUGUUUAUAUCUUAUUUACUUCUUUACAGGAAUGCAUGCAUCCAGGCUCUGUCCACUUGACAAUAUAUUGAUACAUUCUAUCACUUAAACAGAGUAAAUCCUUAUAAAGAUAUGAAUUUCGAUAUCACUCCAGCUUGAUUCUGGAGCUGCUGGUAAUAUUUAUGAGAAUUGUACAGUGUAUAUUUCUGGAAAAAAUCAUGUAAAUAAACAUUGG